AUGACAGCGGAAGUAUCACAAAUAGUACCACCAGAUUACCACUUGAAAGAAGCAGAGCCAGAACAUUGUCCUGGCCCGGAAUCCGAGAACGCAGGCCAAGGCGAUGCGUGCCAAGGUUGUGCAAACAAAGAUAUCUGCGAAAGUCUGCCCAAGGGACCCGAUCCAGACCUUCCGUUGAUCACCGAAAACCUUUCUCAAAUAAAGCACAAAGUACUUGUGCUUUCGGGCAAGGGAGGCGUGGGCAAAUCGACUUUCACGUCAUUGCUAUGCUGGGCUUUGUCAUCGGACGAAGAUCUACAAGUGGGAGCGAUGGACCUUGAUAUCUGCGGUCCGUCGCUGCCUAGGAUGCUCGGAUGCCAGAAGGAGAGCGUUCAUGAAUCAAAUUUGGGCUGGACGCCCGUUUACGUCGCGGACAAUCUCGCAACCAUGUCUAUCCAGUACAUGCUGCCGGAAGACGAUUCAGCGAUAAUAUGGCGAGGUUCUAAAAAAAACGCUCUGAUUAAGAAAUUUCUCAAGGAUGUUGACUGGGAUAUGCUAGACUACCUAAUCGUGGACACACCGCCUGGUACCUCGGAUGAACACAUUUCUAUCAACAAGUUUAUGAAAGAGUCCGGAAUCGAUGGUGCUUUGGUCGUGACUACCCCUCAGGAGGUAGCACUGCUAGAUGUACGAAAAGAAAUCGAUUUCUGUCGAAAAGCAGGGAUCAAAAUACUGGGUCUUGUUGAAAACAUGAGUGGUUUUGUGUGCCCCAGUUGUAAAGGACAAUCUCAAAUUUUCAAGCCCACCACCGGCGGGGGACGAAGACUGUGUGAAGAGCUGAAUAUCCCUUUUUUCGGCUCUGUUCCGCUAGACCCCAGGGUAGGUAAAGCAUGUGAUGAAGGCUUAAGUUUCCUAGACCAACACCCCGAGAGUCCAGCAUCUUUGGCAAUACUUAAUGUCGUCGAGGGUCUCCGCGACGCAGUAGGCGAUAUUUAG